AUGAAGGCAGAAAUUGCUACUUAUGUGAGCAAAUGUUUGACUUGUUCUAGAGUAAAGGCAGAACAUCAAAAGCCUUCAGGUUUACUUCAACAACCGGAAAUACCUGAAUGGAAAUGGGAGCAGAUAUCAAUGGACUUCAUCAAUAAGUUACCUAAAACUCCUAGUGGGUCCGACACUAUUUGGGUGAUAGUCGAUAGGUUGACUAAGUCCGCCCAUUUCUUACCAAUUAAGGAGAACGACAAGAUGGAGAAGCUAACUAGAAUUUAUCUUAAGGAAAUUUUUCAGAUUGCAUGGAGUUCCAAAUUCUAUUAUUUCUGA